CGUACUUCCUCCCAGCGUUCUCUGCGGCGGGAAAGUGCGGAGCGGGCUGCUGGCGGACAAGACCACCGUUCUUUGCUGCUGCUGCUGCCGCUGAGUUGAGAAGAGCUUCGCGGCCGUCCCCGCUGGCCACCAUGUCCGCCCAGGCGCAGAUGCGGGCCCUGCUAGACCAGCUCAUGGGUACAGCUCGGGACGGUUCAGUGUAUCUUUGCCUGCCUACAUCAAUCUGCAAGGGAGUUGCAGAAAAGCCUCAUGUUCAUCGAGCCGUGAGUCACAACCAAUUUCUAAGCUGUUAUAACAAAAAAGUGUUUGCUUUUUUCCCACAAGUAACUUUAAAAGUGUAGUUUAGAAAGAAAACAUUUCCAAUAAACAGACACUACAUUAAUCCUGGAUGCUUGCAAAUCCUAAAAUAUAUUCUUCCUUGCUUAUUACACAGCUCUGUGUCCUAUACACAGAUUAGCUUUAAAAUUUGUCACAUACCACUUUGCCUUUACUUUCAUGUAUCAUUCCCCCUGACUUCCUUACUGCAGGUGUGGGCAAGAAAACUUUUCCUUUAAAACUUUUGAACAGCGGGCAUAAAAUUCUGCAGCUGAGUUCUUGAAGAAUGCAGAUGGGUACAGUAUGUGUUGGAGCUCACAGUGUGUAUUGACUAACCUAGUUCCUUUUUGCCUUUUUUGGUAUUGUCUUGUUAAAAGUGACUCCCAGGUGCCAACUUUUGUUUUUUAAGGGUGGGGAUGAAGGGGGGAAUAAGAAGAAAAGGUCUAGAGAUAUUUAACAGUCAGUGAUAAGAGCUUGAAAUCUUUUUUCUGUGUAAUUUUGGGUAAAACGCUGCUUAUGAAUUUGACUACAACAAAAGAGCAGAUAAAUAAAUAGCUUUUGUUGGUGGAAAUGACCAGCUACAUGUCCUACGUGGUGGAUUCAUGGCACUCUGAUCACAUGGGUUUUGGUGUCUCAUUGCCCACAUUGGCCUAAUGGACUAUUGAUGCUCAAGCUUUUACUUCUGACUCCUUGACUUAGGCAUAAUGAUGGAGUUAGAUUUGAUUGUGAUGCUUCAUGAAAUACUUAGACUCAAAACUGUCUUGUGUUCCUGUUGUAAAUAUCUUUAGAUCAGUUUCUCAGUGUAUGUGAUGGGGCGAACACAAGUGCUAGACUUCAAAUCAUCCCUGUGUAUUGUGCCAGAUAGACUUUUGUGUUAACAUGAUAAUACUUCAUUUAAAACUGCGAAUGAAUUUCAGGAGAUGAAACCAGACAGAGGGUCAAGUUUACAGAUGACCGAGUCUGCAAGAGUCACCUUCUGGAUUGCUGCCCCCAUGAUAUCCUCGCUGGGACGCGCAUGGAUUUAGGAGAAUGUACCAAAAUCCACGACUUGGCCCUCCGAGCAGAUUAUGAAAUUGCAAGUAAAGAAAGAGACCUGUUUUUUGAAUUGGAUGCAAUGGAUCACUUAGAGUCCUUCAUUGCAGAGUGUGAUCGGAGAACUGAGCUUGCCAAGAAGCGCCUGGCAGAGACACAGGAGGAGAUCAGUGCAGAAGUUUCUGCAAAGGCAGAAAAAGUACAUGAAUUGAAUGAAGAAAUAGGAAAACUCCUUGCGAAAGCUGAGCAGCUAGGAGCUGAAGGAAAUGUGGAUGAGUCCCAGAAGAUUCUUAUGGAAGUGGAGAAAGUUCGUGCAAAGAAAAAAGAAGCAGAGGAAGAAUACAGAAAUUCUAUGCCUGCAUCUAGUUUUCAACAGCAAAAGCUGCGUGUCUGUGAGGUUUGUUCAGCUUACCUUGGUCUCCAUGACAAUGACCGCCGUCUGGCAGACCACUUCGGGGGCAAGUUACACUUGGGGUUCAUUCAGAUCCGAGAGAAGCUCGAUCAGUUGAGGAAAACUGUGGCUGAAAAGCAGGAGAAGAGAAAUCAGGAUCGCUUGAGGAGAAGAGAGGAGAGAGAGCGAGAGGAGCGGCUGAGCAGGAGGUCUGGAUCAAGAACCCGAGAUCGCAGGAGGUCACGUUCCCGGGAUCGGCGAAGGAGGCGGUCUAGAUCUACCUCCCGAGAACGACGGAAGUUGUCCCGGUCCCGGUCGCGAGAUAGACACCGGCGCCAUCGCAGCCGUUCCCGGAGCCACAGCCGGGGUCACCGCCGGCCUUCCAGGGACCGGAGUGCGAGAUACAAGUAACUACUCUGACUCCUACAGUAGCUGCAGCCAGGAGUUCUCCAGGGAGCGCACAUUGAGAGAGGAGUCCUGGGAGUACGGGCGGAGCGAGCGAGGGCCUGCUGACUGGAGGCUGGAGAGCUCCAACGGCAAGACUGCGUCACGGAAGUCGGAGGAGAAGGAGGCUGGCGAGAUCUAAACCUAGCUCUGGCACUGUAAAUAGUCUGGCAAAUGUUCAGCACAGCCUAAAAUUACCCUUUAUAUUUGCUGAAUACAGCUCAUCUUUUGUAGUUAAAAUUUCUAUUGUUUGGCGUUAGCUGUGAGUUUCUAGAGUUGUUCAGAAUUGCUCCUAUGUUUGGGUUGUGUUAUAUAGGAACAAAUAAAUCUGGCGGCUGCUUCCUGACAGCUGUGUUGGGGUCUCUGAUCCAGAGACACUUCACUAGGACCCUGUACCUGUGGGGACAAGGGCUGGUGUUGCCAUCACCCUAGAAAACUGACCAAAUGACUGGCCACUCUUAACUUUUGGCAUCCUACAUGUGAGGGCACUCACAGCAAAUCUGAGCCAGGUGUUUGUGGCUGCCCUGUUUGGCUCACAUUCUGUAUCUCAGCUGCUCAUCGACGCUCUCAGUGCAGACCACAGAGUAGGCUCUGUAGGUGGAAGAACUGUGUCUGGGCAGACCAAACUUUAGCUCAGGCGAACUACACCACAGUUCCAUCUUGAUGUCACUUAAGUAAAAAGACUAUCAAUGGUGCCUACCUGGCAGCCAGGAUGUCCUUGGGAGGGGGCUGUAGCUUUAGUGAAACAUUUUAGUUUACUGUUGUGUGGGUCACACCUGCUGCUGCUCACAGAGGACCAAUGCCUUAAGACCACAAUGAAACCCAAAUGGAAAGACUAACUUGACUAAGUGCUCCUUCCCAUCUUUACUUCUCUGGGGAAUUCUUGAGUGUUUUUCGAGGGAGCUUAGUUGGUCAUGUUAAACAUAGAAGUUCCCAUCCCCAUGCCAUGCCUGCAGAUGUGUAAGUGCUGUCCUUGAGCUGGUUGGUUUAGUGGUCUCACAUAGGAUCUGGUGGUCACCAAUGUUGUAAUGUGGCUCCU